AUGACCAAGGUCGUAAGCAAGGGCAACUCCCGGCGGCCUGUUAAUUACUGGAGCAAAUUCAAUGAAUGGUGGAGGCAAGUUCUUGAGGAAAGCGGCCGUCGACCGGAAGCGGCAGCUAUCAACAGGUGGUAUGAGGACAAUGCGCACGAAAUUUGGCCUGCGGAUGACAUGCCUACGAUGCUGGAAACGCGCAUCCACGCCAAGUGCCUCCGCAGUGUUGACGAGGUUCGCAACUACUUUCGCGCUUAUCGCGCUCAACGCCGGCCCGCCCGAGGCGGCGUGUCCAAAUUGGUAGGCCCCACAAGCCGCCAGCCACGACCCGUGGGUCAAAGCAGCGCCCAGGCCGGACCCCUCCACCAGCUCCCCAGCUUCUCCGGCCGCGUCGGCGGUGCAGGCACAGUAACUGGCAUCCCGGAAGGCACCGCACACCGCACCUGGUGGUCACAUGGCCACCAUAUGAAUUCCCUCAGCUCCCGGCAGUCCGUCGGCGCCGUCGCAGGCCCCAGCGUGGUUAUCACGGGCUUCCCGCACUCCGAGAUCCGCCACCGUGCGCUGAGCCACACCCAGCCCAUCUCUCCGGUCAAGCCCGAUCCCAGCGUUCCCAAGGUGCCGCGGUCGGAGUGUGCGCCGCCGCUAGCACCGCCGGGUUUCGGAGUGGACAUGGCGGAGCAGUACCCACAGCAGCAUCCACCCGCGUACGGGACCUCCGGGCUACUCAGAGCCUGCAGCAACAUGAGCACCGGCUCUCUGGAUGCGCUGUUGGGCAUUCCGGAAGACGACCCACGGGACACUGCAGGCCUUGGCGCACACCCCGCUUUACACGCCGCGCAAGCCAACGCA